AUGAGCCAAGUCCAUGAAACAUUGGGCAGCAUCUUUGGUCCGCCAUCAGGAUUUACGAGGGAUGAGAGCAAGAAGCAAUGGAGCCUGUCACUGAACUUCAGCUAUAUCCAAGAUCCAGCCAUCUGGGAAUGUAUCAAACCGGCCAUGGAAUCACUCGCUGGCGGGACUGCUUUCUACUUUGACUCUCGUGGUGACUUGACUCUAAAGGUUGGAGACAUCAGCGACGAGAAGUUGCGUGUGUACGAGUUUGUUGUGUGCUCAAGGUCCCUUGCACGCUGGUCUUCCGUCUUCCGUGCGAUGCUGUUCAGUGGUUUCGCUGAGUCGCGGCCGAAGGACAAUGCGCCAUGGACGAUCGAAAUGCCAGAAGACUCUAUUUCUCCCGUUUUUCUACUUUUGAGUAUUGUGCAUGGACACUUCCAACACAUACCCAAGAGCCUUCCGCAGGACCAUCUCUGCCAGUUGUUGGUUGUUACCGAGAAGUACGAUAUGACGCAGACUCUAAGUCCGUGGGCCUCAACAUGGUUCCAACCAUACGCUGCCACGAACACAUCAUCAGCCGAUGGGGAAGAGAUUGUCAUGUGGAUCUCGUGGGAACUUGGUCAUGAAGAGACUUUUUGCAACUGCGCGAAGAAUUUGUUGCUCAGGUCGAAAAUCAAUGACGAGGGAGAGCUACUUGACAGCAACAGCAUCGCUCUGAGCACUUACACGUUCCUCGAGCCUCCGGGAAUCCUCGAAACGAUCGCCGCGACCAGAGCAACGGUCAUUCACGAGAUGACCAGAGUGCUCUACGACGCUAUCGAGGUUGCACUGCAGAAUGACAAGUGCGUACGCUCAAGCAACAGUAGAUAUGGCUACAACAGCUGCAGCCACCGUCCAAUGACAUCGGAUCAAUGCAUCAGGCUGGUUCUCGGCUCCCUCAUCCAGCAAGUUCACAAGAUUGGCCUGCAGGAUGUGGCACUUUUGCAGAGCGCCACGCCCAAGUAUCUCGGGAGCAUCAACGACCUAUCGUCGGCGAUUCAAUCGAUCAAGUUCUCAUUGGAUGAUCAAAACCACAAUUAUUGCAACCCAUUGCAAAAUAUUAAGGAUAAGGUCGCGAGUCUUGUGGCCAACAUCGAAUCCCCUGUGACUGACAACCAUUUGGAAUACUUGCGAACCCAAGCGAAGAAAACUGGUGUUUGA